UUAUUUCCUUUUACAUCACUCAAGCCUUAAAAUAGAUUGCGUCGAAUUUAACUUAAAAAGCUACAGUUAACUAGUUUCCUGACUUUCGACCAUUUUUUUCAUAUUUGUGUAUCGAACGAAAAAUAAUCACUAAUCAGGCCGUUCAAACUAUGGUUCAAACCCCGCUAAGGCUUGAACAUUGGAUUGGAUUUUGAUGUUUUAUAACUAUUUUAGGGAUAUACGAAACUGUGUAGUUAAAUAAAGAAGCGAAAAUGUUCAUAAACGUAGUGUACAAGGACGCACCGGAGUUGUCUCUGAUGAGUCGUCGCUCAUCCAACGAGCCCGAUCCGUCGCAGGAAAAGACGUUACUCGUCAACCCCGACUGUCCCGUGCGAAUAAUGCUAGAGUACAUCCGCAAGAAAUGUAAGCUGGGUUCCUUCACCGCGUUCGACCUCUGCGACGACAGUGGCCGCCUAUUAGGACUGUUUAAUUUAGAGACAUACGCAUAUGCUACUGAUCGGUUUGAACACAAGAAGAUUUACUACAUCAUCGUUUUAAGAUCGGAAACGGACCGUCAGCUAAUUGUUCUGCCGCAGCUAAACCAGGAGAACCGGUUCUACGAGGAACUGAAGCAGCGGGUGAAGACUUUCAUUUCAGGUUCUCCUACUAAUUCCAAGGGAACCAGAUCCUCGCCGUCUCAAUCUAAGAAGAAAUAACUCAUUUGUCAACAUUUACAUUUGGUAAGAAUCUGUUAAUUAAUCGAACUACUGUUUUUGAUUGUUCACAUUUGAAACCACGUGUUUUUGUCUAUCUAAAAACGUAAUGUUGAAUCGAUUGCAUUUUACAUAAUUAUUGUUUAUCGAAGACGCAUUUAAAUUUUAAUGUAGAAAAUAAAUGCUUUAUGA